CGCCGCGCCGGGCCGGCCUGGAAGCGCCGAGCGCCUGAGCGCGCGGGGAAGGCGCGGGGAAGGCGCGGGGAAGGCGCGGUUCGCAGGGCCUGCGCGCCGGGCGCUGGCAGCCGCUGGGGGGGGACGCCUGAAGGUGCCCUCCGCGCGCGGCCCCGAUGACCGAGCUCCAGCAAGAUGUGGAAGACCCAAAGCCUGCCAAAGUGCUCGCGAAGAGAGAGAGCAAAGUUGGCGCAGCCCACUCAGAGGCUGAGAAUGGUGUGGAGGAGAAAAAGAAGAUCUGUAAGUCGCCAGCAAUCCAGUCCCCAACCCCGUCCAGCGAGGCCGAGUCCCCAGACCAGAAGAGAAUCCUUUCCUUGUGGUCAAAAUCCAGUUUUGAUGGUGCCUCUUUAGCAAGUGAUAAGAAUGACUGUAAAACAGAAAGCAAAAAUGAAUCUAAGAUGGGCAGGAAGAAGUAUUCGUCUUCCAGCCAGUACAAGGCGAAUAUGCACUUCCACAAGUUGUUCCUUGAUGUCCCAACUGAGGAACCACUGAGGCAAAGUUUUACCUGUGCUCUCCAGAAAGAGAUACUAUACCAGGGGAAGCUCUUUGUAUCAGAAAACUGGAUUUGUUUCCAUUCCAAGGUCUUUGGAAAAGACACUAAGAUCUCUAUUCCGGCAUUCUCAGUCACCCUAAUAAAGAAAACCAAAACUGCCCUCCUGGUGCCAAAUGCCCUGAUUAUAGCAACAGUCACAGACCGGUACAUAUUUGUCUCCCUACUCUCCAGAGAUUCUACUUACAAGCUACUAAAAUCUGUGUGUGGACACUUAGAAAACACGAGCGUCGGGAACAGUCCCAACCCGUCUUCUCUUGAAAACAGUUUCCGGGCAGACCGCCCUUCAUCUCUGCCUCUGGAUUUCAACGAUGAAUUCUCAGAUCUGGAUGGAGUGGUUCAACAAAGAAGGCAAGACAUGGAAGGAUACAGCAGCUCUGGGUCUCAGACUCCUGAAUCCGAGAACUCGCGAGGUCUGAGAAAUUUCUAUUUCCAUGUGACAGAAUCCCAGACAGUUCUGAAUGUCUCCAAGGGAGAAACAAAACCAACUCGGGCAGAUGCCCAUGUGAAUAGAGUGCCUGAAGGAAAAGCCAAGAAUCUCCCUGUACAUGGUCAGUCAGAAACCAUUGGAGACUUACACAAAGUCAGGUCUCAGACAUGUAUGACUCUCCACCAUAUUCUUAUAUUUUACGCAAUCAUUGUGUGUGCACUAAUCAUCUCGACCUUCUACAUGAGAUACAGAAUUAAUACUCUGGAGGAGAGGCUGGGGUCACUGACCUCCAUUGUGGACACUCAUCAUCAUGAACAGACAGCACCAUCUGGCCUGGGGUCACAAGUACAGUUAAAUGUGGAGGUCCUCUGCCAACAGCUGACGGCUAACAUAAUGAAAUUAGAAAAGUCUCUGUUAGAACCCUGCCAGAUGGAUGUCACUCUUCUGACAGACGAAGAGUCCAAGUUUCCAAGUAACUGGCUCAAGGAGACACGCGGAGAAAGUUGGCAGAUCUGGAAUUUGAACCAGAUACAAAACAACCUACAGAAGCUGCUUGAGAAUGGUGACUGACAGACCGGAUUGUUCAGGCCAACAUGAUACCUCGAGCUUCCCUUUGAAGAAGGUGUUCCCCUCGGCAUUCUGGCGGAGCGCUCCCUGCUGGCCAGAGGAGCGGGCAGACCGGCAUCCCCAGCCAUGUUUGCACUUGAAGGUCUCCAGCUCAGCAAGGGGUGGGGGCGGGAUAAUUCUGGUUCCUGUGCAAUAAACAUUGACCCUCUGUCUCUGAGGAAGUUCUCAGUGCUGCCACCUGAACACAGACCCAUCUCUGGAGGUCUCAGGACGGGCCUGGUGGACACUCUCUCGGAUGAUCGUGGUUCCACGGUUCUCCUGUGUCAGCAAACACACUCCACUCCGUGCCUUCUUAGUCCUUUCUGUGCUCCUUUUCUCUCCUUUACACCCCUCUGAACCAGCCUUCGAACUAAGGGAUAGAUCAUGUGCCAAAAACCUGAUACGGUCCUUUCAAGAAUUAGCCCUGACUCUUCCAAAACAGACUUGCCUCAAACAAACACCAGCAUUUUUUCUUUUCCGCUCUUCUGUUGUUCUGUUCUGCUUGAAAUCACCCUGUGUAUCUUCUCAAUUCAGGAUGGGCAGGAAUACCACAAAGCAGAUUAAAAAUAAUCCUGUUUAUGUUUUGUUUUGUUCCUGUAACUAAUACUUAAUUGGACUGAUCAUCACCCACCCCAGAUCAAGAAUCUAUGACCACAUGUGACUGAAGUACUAAAUUAAACUUACUCUGAAACCAAAACUAAUCUUUAAACCAAAAAGUACAAUAUGAUUUGAUACUGGAUGAAAAACACUGAAUUUUUAAGUUUAUAGGUGGACUAUGUUAUAGUUUUGAAACAGGAUGCCUAUAUGGAAUGCUGAAACCCCUCUCAGCAUGACAAAUGCAUGCUUCUCUCUUUUGCUGACUAAAAGAAGUAACUGGUGGUUUCCUAACUUCUAUUUACGAUAUGGGAUGGCUGGUUUUUAUUAAUAAUUAUUUAGGUACCAUAAGAUCUGUAAUAUAAAUGAUAUUCUGUUUCUAUUGGCAAUGCAUUUUAUAAUCAUUUCUAUGAAAUGUAUUUUGUUUAAUCAGAUAAGCUAAUAAAUGAAUAGGUUACAUCUUUUGUUAUUUGUUAGCCUGCUGGACAAGAACUGUGCCUGGUGCACCCCCCUGGCUUUUAAUAAAUCCUCACUGGUUAAAAUACCCUGCUAA